GCCAGUGUAAGCCCUCAUUGUUCGGUGUGAUCGUCAUCUUUUAUAUUGUGAGCAGGUUAAGGAGAAGGUGUCUGAAUGAUAAAAUGUGUGACUGUACAUGACUUACGGACUGUUGCAUAUCUCCUUCAGGAUGAUUACAUCCCAUAUCCAGUGAUUGAAGAGGUCCUCCAAAGGGGUGAGCCGUAUCCCCAGGUCAUCCUGCCUCAGUUUGGGGGGUACUGGAUAGAGGACGCUGAGGCCAGUGGUGACGUCCCAUCCACCAAGGACCCCGGCACCUGUAAUGGGCAGGAUGGGGGGGGGGCAGGCCCCGAGGGGGGUUUCGGCUACCGUCUGGAGAGAAACAGUGCAGCACGAGCCUAUCGCAAGCACUUCCUCGGCAAGGAACAUCUUAAUUUCUACUGCACAGCAAGCAGCCAUGGCAACCUAAUUCUCUCUAUGAGACAUGAGGAAGUGGAGGACCAAGAGUACCUGCACAUCAUCCUCAGAUCUCAGUUAAAGACAGUCUAUGACAAGAUCUCACUGGCAGGCCUGACGGAGCUCCCGAGCAUUGCUCAGUUAGCGAAGCUCCUGUGUGAAGACAUUUUCAACCUGAAAUUCCAGCCGGUGUUAUACCCAAAGGGCUCCCAGUUGAUAGUCAGUUAUGAUGAACAUGAAGUGAACAACACCUUCAAGUUUGGUGUCGUCUACCAGGGGUUUGGGCAGACAUCUGAGGAAGACCUCUUCAGGAACAACAAGGAGACGCCUGCUUUCACUGAGUUCCUCGGUGUGCUGGGAGACUGCGUAGACCUGCAGGAAUUCAAAGGGUUUCGCGGUGGCCUUGAUGUCUCCCAUGGACAGACUGGCAGUCAGUCGGUCUACACAGUGUUCCGGGAGCAAGAAGUCAUGUUCCACGUCUCCACAAAGCUGCCGUAUACAGAGGGAGACACACAGCAGCUCCAGAGGAAACGGCAUAUAGGAAAUGACAUUGUAGCGCUGGUGUUCCAGGAAGAGGCUACACCGUUUGUGCCCGAUAUGAUAGCGUCCAACUUCCUCCAUGCCUACAUUAUAGUGCAAGUGGAGAACCCAUGCACAGAUGACACUACAUAUAAGGUGUCUGCAACAGCACGUGAAGAUGUCCCAUCCUUUGGUCCACCACUGCCAAAUCCACCUGUCUUUAAAAAGGGCCCAGAAUUCAGAGAGUUCCUGCUGACGAAGCUGAUAAAUGCAGAGAAUGCCUGCUACAAGUCCGAGCGCUUCGCCAGGCUGGAGGAGAGGACGCGGGCUGCCCUGCUUGACAACCUCCACGACGAGCUCCACAGACAGACCCAGGUCAUGCUUGGUCUUCCAGUCAGCUCUGAGGAAGACAAAAUGGAGAAUGGGGGUCACAGUGGGCUAAUCGAGUCCAUUAAGCGGGCGAUGAGAGUGAGGAGUCACUCCAUGGAUACGAUGGUGGGCUCUCACAAAAGCAACCGCUACUCCAUGGUGGGAGGGGGUGUGCCCACCAGCCUGAGCGGCGGCGGGCUGACACAGGUGGGGGCAGACGGCAGUAAAAGUGCCCAUGUGGGUUCAUCAGGUCCAAAGUCUCCGCUGAAGAGCCCAGUGAAGCGGCGCUCGGGGCUUUUUCCUCGGCUGCACACGAGCGUAGACGGCCAGACUGAGCGCCUCUCCCGCAGUGACCAAAGGAAUUCAGACUGUCAGCCAUCACAAGAAGGGAGGUCAGAGACCUCAUCCAACCCCAGCUCUCCAGAGAUCUGCCUCAGCAAGGAUAGACCGUUCUUGAAGAUGAAAGACAGCAAUGGGAAGCACAUCUCCAGGUCGUCCUCCAGCACCAGCAGCUUCAGUAGCGCUGCAGGAGAUGGGGACACGCUAGACACACUAGAGGAGGCAGACCCAGUACGUUGGAUUGUUUGGAACAACGCAGUUUCACCAAGUUACCCCCCAGUGUAUAGCCCCACCCUCAGUGUGGAAGGUCAGAGUUCAGGAACGCCAGUCAUCAUGUGUCGGAGCCCAACAGAUUUCAACAAAAAGACAUCUCCUCGAUCCAAUCUUAAAUUCCGCUUUGACAAGCUGAGCCAUUCAACGGCAGGACACUGAGAUGACUAUGAGAUUGCAGAGUAAAGAUCACUGAAGCUUGAAGCAGGGAUAUUAACCUCUAGAAGUAGCUCAGGGGGAUAUCAGUGGAGACAACGGAGCGUCGGAGAAGCACUGUGUGGUCUGAGAGGGAGGGAGAUGUGGACACACUCUUGAAUUCAGAAACUCACUAACAUACUGAAGCACUCUCAAAAGUUAGAAUCUGUGAAGCACAUACACACACAUCAUACACACACACACACACACACACACACACACACACACACACACAGACACUAUACACAGUUUGUGUCCAUCACUGAUGCUCCUGGCUUCAUUCAUCUCUUCGCUCCACUGAAUCCAUGUGAUAUUUGCACACCAGAGGGGAGUACCCAUACUGUGACUAACCACUUAAGCAGUACCUUACCAUACCUUACCAUAAAUACCUUAACAGGUUCUCAGUUAACUAGUGGACAGAUUCCUAGCUAGACACUCACUGAACAUGCACUGCCACAUCGGCCAUACAUCUCUUAUGCAGUGAUGACUCUUGCCAGUUUAUUGUCGUUAUCCUGUUUAUGGAAACUGUUAGCAAAAAGGAAAAAUGAUGGUAUCCAAACAUUUGUGAGGUAUAACCACCUGUUAUGUGGAUCAACUAAAAUUAAAUCUGCUGUGUACAUUGUCGUGUGAUCCCAUGUCUGAAACUGUGUACAACGAAACAGCUGCAUGUUAAAUGUUGCUUACCUGUACACGCGGCACAUUUGUUCAUAGAUGUAUCUAUAUAACUGUUUUUAAUGUUUCAUACAUUCAAGUGCAUAUUGUCAUUACUGACAUGUUUGUAAAUAAAAUAAUCACUUGUCAUGUGUAUAUCUUUAUAUAUUCACACUUUUAGAGUGCUCUAAUUACUUAGAAAUUAUAAGGUUGCUACUGUAAAAAAUCGCAAGUGCUCAGAUACUGGAAAUUACUUGGUGUGACAGCAAGUAGCCAUUGGGAUUCUGCCUUUCUUUCAGUACUGGAAUCACACCUGAUAACCCAGUUAUUUCUUGAUAGUGAGGACAUAGCAACUGGGUGAUAACACUUACUGUUGUACAUCAGGAUUGCCACUGGACUGAGAGUGAGAUGCCACAGAAUCCGUAUUGUGAAGAAAUUACAAUGAACCAUAGUGUUUCUGUUAUAGAGUGUUAUCCUUUUGGAAAGCUUUACUGUCGUAUUAAUGAUUGCUAUUUUCCAAUGCAUUUGUGUGGAUUUGAUGUACUCCUACUUGGCUGGCUUGACAAAAUGGAAGGAAAUAUGAAUUGUAAAAUUGAACAUGAUUGUACUUUUACAUGUUAAUUAGUUACAUGACCAUUCCAACUUUAGUAAAUAAAAUUCUGUAUUUUA